UACUUCUUCUUUACCAAAUGCAAAUUUCACACAACAUUCACAAUUAACCUAAUUUUAAUAUGGCAGGAAAUGAGGAAUGGAGAAAAAACGCAGACACGCACAAGAUGAGUCCGGAGGAAGUGAGGAGGUCAGGUGUGGAGGCCUCAAAGCGGCCGCCGGGAUCGGGACACCACCCCGGCGAGGUCCUCCACCAGCGCCGGAGCUUGCCCUUCGGCCCUAUGUACAUCAUCCUCGCCGGCUCCGCCCUCGCUGCUAGCGUUUGGUACUUCACCUUGUACGCCAAGAAGAAACCCGAGGCCACCGCUGCUGACGUGGCUAAAGUUGCCGCCGGCGUGGCUGAGCCGGAGGACACGAAGCCUCGCAACUGAGUUUAAAUGUUUAAAUUUGUGUAUCUUUUGCUUCUUUCACUCGUUUAUUUUCGUUUUAAAUUUUUAAUACUUCUGAAAACGUUUCUAAUUGAUGCGUUUUGCCUCA